UUAGCCAAAUAGUAGUAUAUCAAGAAGCCAAGCCCCUCGAAAUUCCAGCGCUCGUACCCGGAGAUCGCCGCCGCCUGCGUCGCCGGAGCCGGAGAAAUCCCAAGAAGUGCUCGCGAUCGCCGCCGUCGUCUCUUCUAAUGGCACCGAAGCCGAUAACCAGUCCGGUACCCGUCGAAUGGUACCCCAGCCUUUCCGUUCUCAUGCUGUCCAUCGGCCUUGUCCUCACCGCCUCCUUCUUCAUCUAUGAGGCCACUUCAUCAAAGCGAAGCCGCAGCCUGGCUAAGGAGAUAACAAUUGGGGCUUUUUCAUCAUUUUUCUUGGGUUUUGGGUCUCUCUUUUUGCUCCUCGCAACUGGUGUUUAUGUUUGAUAAGAUAGCAGAUGAAUCCUGGUAGCUUCUGGAAAGUUUACAUUAUGAGGAAUUCUGUAGUCAUUAUAAAAAAUAAUGUUCUAGUUUCCUUUGCUAGUUGAGUUGCGAGACUUCACUGCGUUUUAUUGCGUAAACGUUGGUGUCAUUUAUUGUAAUAGAGAAGAGCACAAUGAUUUAGUGGUAAUCUGGACUGGGUUUUGGUGAACUUCAAUGUUAGUUCUUCUCAUAUGCAACUAAAUUGGAGGCUUAGAGCUUCUACAGGACAAUUUUUAUGAGUUUUUUUAAGACCUAAAACUUGGCUUUGCUAGCAAUAACAAGGUGUAUGAGGGUAUUCAAGCACCGAUUCAAUUC